AAUCUCGAGUAAGAUCUAAUGAGUGUUAACACACGCCUUUCCCACUAUUGUUGUAUACAGCCCAUGACGAUAGAGACCGCCUGAUAACGAAAUAAAACUAGUAGUAUAUCAUCACCAAACUUCCAGUUGAGACACUACUUAACUACAUCAACUGCAAUCACACAGAAAUUAAAACCACAGAUUUCAUCUCCCUCCCUUGAAUUUUCAUUCUUUCAGGAAUUCUGGGAAGAAAAUUAGUUGUGUGAGCGGAUUUCGAGUUCACAAUUUAGGCGCAAUUCUUCAUGUAUUACUGAAGUGUAUGUUUGUGGGAAUAUCUUGAAUUGUGGGGUUUUGAAAUUGUGCUGUAGUGAGGAGGAUAACUGGAAAAGAGUUUGGAAGGUGCUUCAAUUGACGUUUUUAUAAGGCGAAAAGAUAUAAAACUCAAGAUAUGGGGUGUUCAUUGUCGACAUUAGAGGAUGUCGAUCAGAAUAGAAGGAUCCCUAAAAAUGUUGGGGAGUUGGUUGUUUUCGUUCCUGGAUUGCGAAUUCCGAAACCGGUCAAUUUUUCUCAGUCGCUUGGUGAUAACUUGUCGAAAAGCUUAAUAGAGCGACUCUCUGGCCUUAGGACUCGAGUAGUUGUCCUGGCCAGUCAAGAAGCCCAAACAGCUGUUAAACCAAAGAGGAAAGCGGCUACACAACACGGAGGUUCAAUGUUGUCUGAUCUCCAGCAGUCUCUUGAAGAUUACCUACCAGUUCUUUUGGGUUUAGUUAAAGAAGGAAGCAAGCUACAAAACAGUGUAAAAUUUGUUUGGGUUAAUCAAGAAGAUGACACUGAAGAAACUGCAAUAUCAAAUGCUUGGUAUGAGGUGUUGUCAGUUUUACACUUGAUGGCUAUGGUAUCUUUCUCACAGGCCAAUUUAUCACUUCUUCCUAAAACAUCUUCCGAUGGCUGUCAGCAAACAGAUGAAAGCAAACGAAAUUCAGUGGAUGUUUUCCUGAAGGGAGCAGGAUAUUUGGAUUUUGCUCUUAACCAUGUCCUUCCUCAGCUACCGGCUGAACUCAGGAAAGAUCUUCCCGUAGACUUGGCAGAAGGAGUGCUCCAAGCACUUUGUCAACAAGCAUUAGGCCAGAGUGUUGAUAUCCAACUUGGAAUGGCAAUUGAUUGUACUAAGGCCACCCUUGCAGUCAAACGGAGGCUUGCAUGUGAAAUGGUUAAAUACUGGCAUCAGGCUCAUGACAACAUUGUGAAACUUCCUUUAACAAGUGUGUGGGGUGAAAAACAUCAGCUUUAUGUGAAGUGGAAAUAUGACGAAGCACAGGCUGCAGCAUACUAUUACCAUGGCUUAAUUCUUGAUGAGGGAAACACAGAAAAAUCUCAUUUGAUGGCUGUAUCAGCUCUUCGAGCCGCAGAGGAGUUUCUUAAAGAAAAUAAAAAGGAGUGUGAAGCCUUCCAUACAACUCCACCUAUAUCAAAAAAUCCACCUAUUUGGGGAACUAUGAAGUAUCUUUCAGAGAAGAUUGUAAAAGACGCUUCCAGCAAGGGCCGGAUUAACCAAGAUCUCUACAGCCAUGAAAGGGUAAUCGAGACUGCUCCAGUGUUGCCAGAUUUCUCCGUGGCACUGAAACCAGAUGAAUAUCAGCUUCCACCAAAUGAUCCAUUAUGGAAUUAAGAAUUCUUUCGGGAAUCUGGUUUCAUACUUUGAAUAACCUGAAUUGAAGAGAACAUAUAGAAAAUAUUGAAGCAAAACAAGUCGGAACCUACCAUACAAGUGUUAGCAGUAUCUACAUGAAGUUAUGAACAUUCUACAUGGUGUUUGUUCCUUUCUUCUUUCCUUUGCUUAUGUAUUUUCCCAUUAUACUGGGAUAGUGAGAUGCAUAGUUUUUUAGCGGGAUAUGAGAAAGCCUCUUUGUACAAGUACACAAUAGUUGUUUAAGUUUAUUCAAAGAUAAGCAUAAUUUCCAUAGUAGAUUAGCAAUAAAACUGUUUAAUCAACUAUGAA